AUGGACCAGUCGCCAGAAAUAACAAGUCUUGAGAUCUACGAGCCCUUGCCACUUCCUUUAGUGGCUACAAGUGAAGAAUUCGACGAGGUAAUCAACGCACUCGAUUCGGAAUCGAUAGUUGACACAGCCAGUUUGGUCAAAAGUUCUUCGUAUUUAUCGCUUGAUCUCAAACGGAGUCUGCUCUUUGAGCCUGCCUACGCACCGCCACCACCGCCAAGAAUAAAGCUAGAAAGCAAGAAGCAAGUGCAACCAAAGGUGGAACCACAAACAUUAGUUUCUGACAACCGCCGCAACAGCAUCUACACAAUCGUGCUCAAAAAACGGUACUCGCAGAUCCGCAGCUCACUCAAGUUGGGUCGCACCCAAUCGCUGUCCACGACAAAGCCAAGACUCGAGCGCGCACUCGCCGCACUUCCACACGCCUUGUCGAGGUUAUCAAUAGAGCCAAGAAAACGCCUGCCUAAUCGAACGUAG